UCCUAGCGUUCCUAAUUUUGUCUCAUCUUUCUAACAUCUUCCUCUCCAUUAUGUUUCUCCGUUUGUUGUUCACACUUGAUUCUAUGCAACAAUAGCAAGUUAAUAAUAAAUAAAGUCCUCCACAGUUCAUGUAUUAAUAAUUAAUUUGCUGAAGCUGGAAGAUGAACAUAGAAAAGUUAAUCAUCCUCGCGAUAAUUCUUGCAAUAUUGACACUGGGUGAAUCCAAACCAGAAAUUGUUCUCAUAAACAAGGGGUUUAGUCAGUAUAAUGUCACAAAUUUAUCGGACUUCGACGAUAAUUUGAACGCAACUUUUGCACUACUGAGAGACGAGCUUUACGCAGGCAAGUAUUUUGCAAAGGCGGAGCAGCCAAGAGGGUCCGACUCAGCCUACGCUAUGGUGCAGUGCAGGAAGUACCUAUCCUCGGCUGAUUGUAUUGCUUGCUUCACAGCCGCUGAGUCCUUAAUACGCAAAUUCCCUCCGGCCAACGGUGCCCGUCUUAUGUAUUUGGGGUGCUUUCUCAGGUAUGAAAGCAGCAAAUUUUUUGAUCAAAGCACUCAAGAAGGUCGUAUUGCAUCUUGUGUGAAUCAAACAGCAUCAGACGCUACUGCUUUUGAAACAGCUCUGAGUGGGCUAUUAGCUGAUCUUCAAGUUGCCACACCAAAGAUCAAUGGGUUCUUCGCUGCGAGUAAGAGGGCAAUCGGCGAAUCAUCAUCAUCAGAAGUUUAUGCCAUCGCUCAAUGUGUUGAAAGCAUUAGUGAAAGUGGGUGCAAAGAAUGCUUGCAAGUGGCGAAUGGCAACGUUAAAACUACAAGAUGUCUUACUUCUACGGCUGGUUGGGCUCUUGAUGUGGGGUGUUUCCUCAGGUAUUCCAGUACUCCAUUCUUUUCUGAUAACCAGACUACUGAUAUUACGCCCUUCUUGAAAACUGGUUCAAGCAAGAAAAAAGCAAUUAUUGGAGGAACAGUUGCUGGAGGAAUCAGUCUACUACUUAUGGCAUUAUUUGUGUGGUUCUUUUUAUCAAAAAGAAAAAGGAAGAUAACCCGAAAAGGAAAUAUCCUAGAAGCGACUGAAUUGCAAGGUCCCAUCAAUUACAGAUAUAAAGAUUUGGUUUCUGCGACAAGAAAAUUUAGUGAAGAAAAUAAACUUGGAGAGGGAGGUUUUGGCGAAAUUUACAAGGGUACUCUGAAUAAUGGAAAAGUAGUUGCAGUAAAGAAACUAGCAAUAGGGUUGUCUCGCAGGAUACUAUCUGAUUUUGAAAAUGAAGUUAAGCUUAUAAGCAAUGUUCAUCACCGGAAUCUCGUCCGCCUUCUUGGUUGUUGCAGCUACGGCCCAGAACUUCUUCUUGUUUAUGAGUUCAUGGCCAACAGCAGCCUUGAUAAAUUCUUAUAUGGAGAAAGACGAGGGUCUCUGAAUUGGAAACAACGGUAUGACAUAAUCCUGAACACAGCAAGAGGGCUUGCCUAUUUGCAUGAGGAUUUCCAUGUUUGCAUAAUUCAUCGAGAUAUUAAACCCAGCAAUAUUCUUCUGGAUGAUGAUUUCCAGCCAAAGAUCGCUGACUUUGGAUUGGCUAGGCUUUUACCUGACAAUCAAAGCCAUCUAAGCACCAAAUUUGCAGGGACAUUGGGAUACACAGCACCGGAGUAUGCAAUUCAUGGACAGUUAUCAGAAAAGGCUGAUACUUACAGCUAUGGUGUUGUUGUCCUUGAAAUCAUCAGUGGCAAGAAGAGUAAUGAUCUCAAAGAUACUGACGAUUACCUACUCAAACGGGCAUGGAAACUAUACGAGGAGGAGUUACACGUGGAGUUGAUGGAUGAAAGUUUAGACCGAAAUGAAUACACUGAAGAAGAAGCUAAAAAAGUAGUGGAAAUUGCUUUAAUGUGCACUCAGGCAUCUACUGCUUCAAGGCCAACAAUGUCAGAAGUGGUUGUUUUGCUUAAAAGCAAGGGUUCCUCAGAGAACAAUAAACCAGUAAUAACGAGACCUACUUUUAUUGACCCCGAAAUAAGGGUUCGUGGAGACACCUCAACAUCCACUUCUUCUUCCAUAUCUAACGCUAUAGCCUCCAUCACAGAUGUCUCUGGUCGUUAAUUACUUCAUUCUAAGCAUCAGAUCUCCACAUUAUUUUCCUCCUUUCUGAAAGCCUUGAGAAGUGUUAGUCAAUAGUGUGUAUUCAUAUUCUAAACUGUUAGAACCCCACGAUUUAAUAUAUUUUACAAUUAAAUUUUGAACGAUAAUUGUAACUGCAGUUCUAUUAUAGUGAUAGGAACUAUUCUUAUUGAAAUAAAAUACUGCUGAAUUUGGUAGUGAGGGUGAUACUUGCUCUGUUCUACUUC